UGCGAGAAGAGCGGUCAUACGUUUGCGCCAACUAGUCGAGGAAUCAACCAAACAAGUCCUCUCUCUCUCAGAGGUCAUCAAGUGCUGCUCACGAACGAACGGCUCAAACGAAUCGCGGGGAAAGAUGACCAACGCCUUGGCAAGAGUUGCGGCUGUUUUCACGCUGCUUUUGGUUGUACAAUUAUCGGCCAGCGCAAGCGUUAAAGGCCGUCCGGUCGCUUCUGUCGUCAAGACUGAGCCGGAAGUUAAGGCCGUCAAGGCUCCGCAAGUUGUUGCAUCCGAUCCUGUGCCCGCUAAGGUCCAGCAGAAAACGGCCGUGCCUGUCCAGAAAGAGAAAACCGUCGAGCUCGUUCAAAAAGAAAAGGUUGUCGAGCCCGUGCCGCAGACGUCGGCCGACGCACCUCAGAAAUUGAACGUCGACGCAACCAAAUCGGCGGAAGACGCCAAAAAAGCCGAAGUGGAUGCUGGACACCACAUCCAGGGAGACGGUCCAUUUGUGGUCAACGCCCAGCAAUUGCCACCCGACGUCCGAGAGGAAAUUAUGAGGCAAUUGAACACCCAGUACCGCCUCUCCCAGGAGAAGAAACAACAGCAAAAACAGCAGACAGUCAAAGGACAUCCAGGUGUUCAAGUGAAAAGCGAUUACGUACCGACACCGGAGAAUGAAUCUUUCGAUCCGGAAUUGGCGGCCGGAAUCGCCGAACUGCUCACCCGCAUGGCUGUCGAGGAUGACGUGGGCAACCAGUACAUCGAUUUGGAGGAACUGCCGGCCGCGCUCAAACUCCAGGUGAUCUGAAUACUUGACCAAGCAGCAAACGAUGGACGAGCAAAAGGAAGUGCUAGACCAGUUGAAAUUGCAACAGCACGCAGAGAAGGUGAAAGCCCAAGAGGCCAGUUUUGCCAGCCUUUUGAACAAGCAAACUGACAGCCAAAUCGAUGAACUGUUGAGUAGUUUGCUUCAGGGAUAUCUCGAAGAUUAUCCAGGGCCAGCAGCCGGUUAUUACCCUCAACGCUUGUCACCUUACGCCUAUCCGCAAAGACCCGCCUUUCCUUCCAGAUACCCCCCGUACGGAGUUCAGCCUCAAUACGGAGGCUAUCCAGGUGGAAAUCAGUACCACGGCAGUUUCCGACCUUAUUCCGGACUAGCGGCUUAUCCCUCCGCCGCCCUUGGAGGUUUCCAUCCCGCCUCGUAUGGCAUCCAGCCCUACGUCCUGCAAAGUUCGUUGAUUGCUCGCGAACCAUUUCCCCAAUUGUACGAUGGAUCCGUCGCAACAAAACCUUUGCCUCACCGCACGAUUGGCGGACCGGUGGCCGGCUUUUCAGCUGUGCCAAUCGAUUACGUCGAGUAUCUGAAGCCCGAAGACCAGCCUAAUCCAUUAGCCGCCUACUACGCCUAUUACCGCCAACUCUACGAAUCGCAGGCUCAAGCGGUGGGUUCGAGAUACGCGCAGGUGCCCCGCAUUCAUCCGGCAGAUUUGGCCGCCCAGCAGCCGAGGCCCUACGUCAAUUACAAGUUCCGUCGUUAUUGAAUCAUUUAGACGAUGGACCUUGUAACAAGGUGGAGGGUGUUGCUGCAUCACCAGUUAUUUAUUUUUGGCCAGGAUAUACGAACUGAAUGUUGUUGGGGUUUGAUUGAUUAAAGGGCUCAAGUUGUGUGCAACGACAAUAAUAUAAAUACCGGUUUCUAAAUGCAA